ACCAGAGCGGAAGUGAGGUAGCCGCUGUCGCCGGCAGCAGCUGCAGUAGCAGGAGGCGCCCCUGGAGGUGGCGGCGUAGCCGGGCUGCCUCUGAUAAAGGAAAAAUGGCUUUCAGCAAAGGAUAUCGGGUCUACCACAAACUGGAUCCACCUCCAUUCAGUGUGAUAGUGGAAACCAGAAAUAAGGAAGAGUGCCUCUUGUUUGAGUCUGGAGCUGUGGCUGUCCUCUCAUCUGCAGAGAAAGAGGCAAUCAAGAGCACAUACUCCAAAGUAAUGGAUGCAUAUGGACUUUUAGGUGUAUUAAGGUUAAAUCUGGGAGACACUUUGUUACAUUAUCUGGUUCUAGUCACAGGAUGUAUGUCUGUGGGAAAGAUUCAAGAAUCUGAAGUUUUUCGAGUUACUUCCACUGAAUUCAUAUCUUUACGAAGUGACCCUUCAGAUGAAGAUCGUAUUUCAGAAGUGCGCAAAGUUUUGAACUCAGGAAAUUUUUAUUUUGCAUGGUCUGCUACUGGGGUCAGUUUAGAUCUUAGUCUUAAUGCUCACCGUAGCAUGCAAGAACACACCACUGACAAUAGAUUUUUCUGGAACCAAUCCCUGCAUUUGCAUCUUAAACACUAUGGUGUAAACUGUGAUGACUGGUUAUUGCGUCUCAUGUGUGGAGGAGUAGAGAUUAGAACAAUUUAUGCAGCUCACAAACAGGCAAAGGCUUGCCUCAUUUCACGACUAAGCUGUGAACGAGCUGGGACCAGGUUUAACGUCCGGGGAACAAAUGAUGAUGGUCAUGUUGCUAAUUUUGUUGAAACAGAACAGGUGAUAUUCCUAGAUGACUGUGUGUCUUCCUUCAUACAAAUUCGUGGAUCUGUUCCAUUAUUUUGGGAGCAACCUGGUCUGCAGGUGGGAUCCCAUCGUGUCAGAAUGUCAAGGGGAUUUGAAGCAAAUGCACCGGCUUUUGACAGGCAUUUCCGAACACUUAAAAGUGUAUAUGGCAAGCAAAUUAUUGUAAAUUUACUUGGGGCAAAAGAAGGGGAGCACAUGCUUAGCAAAGCCUUCCAGAGCCACUUGAAAGCCUCUGAACAUGCUAUUGAUAUCAAAAUGGUGAACUUUGACUAUCAUCAAAUGGUUAAAGGCGGAAAGGCAGAAAAACUUCACAGCGUGCUUAAACCUCAAGUCCAAAAAUUCUUAGAAUGUGGAUUUUUUUAUUUCGAUGGAAAGGAAGUUCAAAGAUAUCAAAGUGGUACUAUCAGGACAAACUGCUUGGACUGUCUGGAUAGAACAAACAGUGUGCAGGCUUUCUUUGGCUUAGAGAUGCUAACAAAGCAACUGGAGGUUUUAGGUUUAGCUGAGAAGCCUCAGCUGGUUACUCGCUUCCAGGAAGUUUUCCGGUCCAUGUGGUCAUUAAAUGGUGAUUCUGUCAGUAAAAUAUAUGCAGGAACUGGAGCUCUUGAAGGAAAGGCUAAGGCUGGAAAGCUGAAGGAUGGUGCUCGUUCUGUGACCAGAACAAUUCAAAAUAACUUUUUUGAUAGCUCCAAGCAGGAGGCCAUUGAUGUUUUGUUAUUGGGGAAUACCCUAAAUAGUGAUUUAGCAGAUAAAGCACGGGCUCUCUUAACCACCAGCAGUUUACGUGUUUCAGAGCAGUCAUUGCAAUCAGCAUCUGUAAAAACGCUAAAGGGUAUGUGUGAAAAUUUUUAUAAGUAUUCAAAGCCCAAAAAAAUUCGAGUAUGUGUUGGAACAUGGAAUGUCAAUGGUGGGAAGCAAUUUCGAAGCAUUGCAUUUAAAAAUCAAACACUCACUGACUGGCUUCUAGAUGCACCAAAGUUAGCUGGUAUCCAUGAAUUCCAAGAUCGAAGAAGCAAACCUAUUGACAUAUUUGCCAUUGGAUUUGAAGAAAUGGUUGAGUUGAAUGCAGGAAACAUUGUGAAUGCAAGCACAACCAAUCAGAAGCUGUGGGCUGCUGAACUGCAGAAGACCAUCUCAAGAGAUAACAAAUAUGUGCUGCUGGCUUCUGAGCAAUUGGUGGGCGUCUGUCUCUUUGUAUUCAUCAGACCCCAGCAUGCUCCUUUUAUCAGGGAUGUUGCUGUUGAUACUGUAAAGACUGGUAUGGGAGGAGCUACUGGCAAUAAAGGUGCAGUAGCAAUUCGAAUGUUGUUUCAUACGUCCAGUCUUUGCUUUGUCUGUAGUCACUUUGCUGCAGGGCAAUCACAAGUCAAAGAGAGAAACGAAGACUACAUAGAAAUAGCCCGAAAACUCAGUUUCCCAAUGGGAAGGCUCCUCUUUUCCCAUGACUAUAUAUUUUGGUGCGGCGAUUUUAAUUAUCGUAUAGAUCUUCCUAAUGAGGAAGUGAAGGAGUUAAUUCGCCAGCAGAAUUGGGAUUCCCUUAUUACAGGAGAUCAACUUGUCAACCAGAAAAAUGCUGGACAGAUCUUUAGGGGAUUUUUAGAGGGAAAGAUAACUUUUGCACCUACAUACAAAUAUGACUUGUUUUCUGAUGACUAUGACACCAGUGAAAAAUGUCGCACACCAGCAUGGACAGAUCGGAUUCUUUGGAGAAGAAGAAAAUGGCCAUUUGACAGAUCAGCUGAAGACCUGGAUCUUCUGAAUGCUAGUUUUCAGGAUGAAAGUAAUAUCCUUUACACAUGGAAUCCUGGUACUUUAUUGCACUAUGGAAGAGCAGAGCUGAAAACGUCUGAUCAUAGGCCUGUUGUUGCAUUGAUUGACAUAGAUAUAUUUGAAGUUGAGGCAGAAGAGAGACAGAAAAUUUAUAAGGAGGUGAUUGCUGUGCAGGGACCGCCUGAUGGUACUGUAAUGGUUUCCAUCAAAAGCUCUUCACCAGAAGAAAACUAUUUUGAUGAUAACUUGAUUGAUGAACUUCUUCAGAAGUUUGCAGCCUAUGGUGAAGUUAUACUUAUAAGGUUUGUAGAAGACAAAAUGUGGGUAACGUUUUUGGAAGGAAGCUCCGCUUUGAGUGCUCUGGAUCUGAAUGGUACUGAGCUUUUAGGAAGGAUCAUAAACAUUAACUUGAAAAACUCAGACUGGAUCAGAAGUUUGGAAGAGGAGAUGAAUCUAGAGAAGAUGGUUGGAUUGCCUUCAUCGACCAGUUCCACUUUGCUUUGUGAAGAUGCUGAGGUUUCUGCAGACUAUGAUAUGGAAGGUGAUAUUGAUGACUAUAGUACUGAAGUGGAAGAAAUUUUUCCUCAACAUCUACAGCCUGGUACAAGUUCUGGUCUUGGAACCUCACCAGGCUCUUCACCUCGUUCCAGUCCCUGCCAAUCACCCACGUUGUCAGAUGGACCGCUACCCACCCUUCCAGUUAGACCAAGUCGAGCACCUACAAGAACUCCUGGACCACCUAUAUCCUCACAAAGUUCUCCAGUUGAUUUUCAACCAAUUAUACAACAGAAAGAGUCUACUCAGAGCUUAGAGCCUAAACGUCUUCCUCCCCCUCGCCCAGUGGCACCACCUACACGGCCUGCUCCACCACAGAGACCACCCCCACCAUCAGGGGGUAGGAGUCCUGCACCUGCUAGAAAAGAAUUUGGAGGUCUUGGAGCUCCUCCCAGUCCUGGGGUAGCUAGGAGAGAAAUAGAAGUUCAAAAAAGCCCUGGAACACAAAGAAAAGAUAACUUAGUUCGUAGUCAGCCUCCUCCUCCAGCCGGAUUCACAAGCACAGGAACUGCUGGAUAUAGUGCAGCCAGACCGACUGUUCCACCCCGAGCUGGAGUUAUUAGUGCACCACAAAGCCAUGUCCGUCCAUCUGUGGGGAGGCCAACACCUGAAACCCAAACCAAGCCAGCUGAACCACCAAGAGGGUCGCCAUUGCUUCCUGAACCACUAAAACCUCAGGCUGUAGUUCCUCUUCAACCCACCAUUCAGCCACCAUCUGUUCAAAAAAUGCAAGAGCCUCUUAUACCUAUGAUGAUGCAUACCUCUCAGACAACUUCUCCACAGAAUCUGGAAGCACCACCACAACCGCCUCCUCGGAGCAGGUCAUCCCACAGCUUGCCUUCAGAAUCGGUUCCUUCACAACAGCAAAUUAACGCAAAUGGAGUCUAUGGCAUUAAACUUGAAACACAGUUAAACAAUGACCCUUUUGAAGAUCUGUCAUUUAAUCUGCUUGCUGCAUCAAAGGUUCAGACAUCUGUUCGAAUAUCACCUGUUCCAACUUUAAACCAAAAGGAGUUGACUUGGUUGCCUUGUGCAACACAAAGCAAUGUUAACACUUUGGAUACUGUAAAUUGCAUGCCAGCAAUGCCUCCUAAUCCAGCCUAUAGCAAAUCCCAGGAACAUGUACGCAGCUCUCCAAAUUCAUUGGCUACCAGACUGAACAGCACAAAUCCUUUCACUGAAAGAACUGUUAAUGCUGGAAACCCAUUUAGAACUGAAACCCAAGAACCUGAAGUAACUUCACAGCUUUUAAUAGAAGGACCUGCUGCUUAUAACCCUUUCCCCUCUCUAAAUCCUCCAAAUCCUAGUAAAGGCAAGCCUAUGUUCUCUAUCAGUGCUUUUGAAGACAAGUUUUGUUUGCAAAGUAAAUCUUCAAUAGUGAAAAAUGCAAAACCAAAAGGAUGGGUAACAUUUGAGGAAGAGGAGGAUUCCAGUGUAAAACUAAAGACGUCCUCUGAAUGUGUUACAGAAUUCAAGAGAGUCAGUUCCAGGAAACCUACUGGUUUUCCAGAUUUAGUGGGCAUUGAACCAAAUAUAUUUCCUGGCUCAGACUUUACCUUUGAUAAUGACUGGAAUUCUACUGAUUCCUUCUAUACGCUGCCAGCAAGAAGACCACCUGCACCUCCUGUACCAUCAAGAAUAACCCAGACCAUAUCCCCUGCAGAUCCUUUUGCUUUGUUGGCACCUAAAGUGUCACCAACACAAGAUUUUACAGAAAGAUAG